CUAGAUCGUUAGCGAAGUGACUGGAAAGGCAAGGAAGGAUUAUAAGCGUAUAAAUAUGGCAAGCCGUCAGAUGUUUCCCAAUCCUUACACGCCUCAACAUCCAAGUAAUAACGAGUUACCACCAGGUUGGGAAAUGAUUUUGGAUAAGAUGACAGGAUGGCCAUAUUUUAUUGACCACAACACGAGACAGACAACUUGGGAAGAUCCCCGUAUCCGAAUGGGUCAAAGACAACAGCCACCAUCGUUUGGAAGUAAUUUACGUGAACUUCCAGUCAAGCAUGAAAAUAGUGGCAUGCCACAGCAGUAUCCACAAAUGCCUCAACCCUAUUCUCAGCAGCAGUAUCCACAGCAACAGUAUCCCCAGCAACCCUAUUCACCACAGCAGCAACAGCCUUGGCAGAAUCCUACUUCCUCUGUCAGUGAUACCCACAUGGUCAGUCCACCAAGGACAGCAACUCCUCCUAGAAUAGGAACACCACCACGACAUGGUGUGAACUUUCCCCAACAACAGGGAAGAUCUUCCCCUGUUGUCAGAGAGAUUCCUAUCCAUCAUAUUUCAUCAACAGGGAACAGAGGACAGCAGCCUGAGGCCUCCACUCAAGGUCCAAACUCAGAUUUAGGGGGCUAUACAAUAUACACAGGAGUAUCUGGGGGACCUCAACAGACCCCGGCUAGUACACAGGGCUACCAACAGGGGCCCAAUAGCCAAGCGACUGGUCAGUAUUCUCAACCUCACCAGCAACAACAGCCUUCAGUUGCUGCACAAACUGUCUUCCCGCCAAAUCCACCUCAGAACUAUCGACAAGAGCCUCAAAACUUUAGUACACCAAGGCCUCAACAGCCGUACCAUCAACAACCUCAGCCAGGAUAUCAACCACCACAACAACCAGGAUAUCAACCACCACCACAACCAUCAUACCAGCAACCACCACAGCAGAGCUUCCCUCCACCACCUCAGAGUCAACCAGCACCCCCUCAGGGCUUUCCGCAACCCUCAGCUAUGUCACAUGGUAUGCAUGGUGACAGCCGGGGACCAGCAGAAAGGGUCAUCCCUAUACAUCAUCAAACUUCAAGUCAAGGUCAAGGCAACAAUCAGGGUCAGGGUCAACAGCCACCUCAUUAUGAGGGCACACCUCACCCACGACAGCAGGUUCCCCAUCCAGAUUAUCCGAACACUGUUCCAUCUGCUCCUCCGUCCCAGUACCACUCGGAACCUUCAGUCAACCAGCAAAGCAGUGAGAGGAAAGGCACCCCAGAUGAAGUCAAUGGACAGGCAAAUGGUCAUAAUAAACAAGAAAAACCAAAACCAAAGACUCCUAUGGACACCAUAUCAGGUAUUCUGUCAGAAGUUAGAGAGUAUGAAGCAAAAGUGGCUAACUUUCAGGGUUUAAAAACUGAUAAAGAAUAUAAAUACCUUGAAGAGAUGCUGACUCGUAAUUUACUGAAGUUAGAUAGCAUUGAGUCAGGAUCAAACAAUGACAUUCGCCAAGCACGAAAAAAUGCUGUACGUGAAAUCCAAGCCAGUUUGGAUCAACUAGAACUGAAGGCUUUCUCUGCAGAACAAAGUGUGGACUCUAGUCAAGAUAGUGCCUCAGAACAGUCAGGCAGUACCUCGGACAAUAACAAGCAACAGAAUAUAUCUCAUAUUUCUGUGUCAGGAGAGGAUAAACCUGAUCCCACCAAAGUCAAAGAAAUGGUUUUAGACAGUGAAGUAAACUGCUAGCUGUGAUAACUACUAGAUUAUUGGUAUUUUGGUAUUUAAUAAUGUUUCUAAAAGUUCUGUAGAAUUGUUUGAAUAUAUAUAAUAUGUACUUGUUUCUUCAACUCAUGUGAGCUUUAGGUAAUUAAAAGAAAAAUUAACAAUUACCCUUUAGAAGCAAUAUUUACAAAUUGUCAAUUAAAUUAUGUGAAAAAUUGAAUUUGGGUACCGUGAUGACCAACAUUUUUUUAUGUAUAUCUAUUUGUCAGGUGUAACUUGUUAUACAAAACAUGUAACACAGUGAACACAAUUUUCUGUGUUUUAACAAAAUUUAGUUUAGAGAAAACAUUUAUUGAUGUCAUUGAAAUAACAACCAUUGAAGUUGAUAGCGUGGAAAACAUUUAUUUACAUUCUUGAUUUCUGUCAAAUCUUGUUUCAUUCCUACUUAGUUUACCAUAUACAUACUUUGUCUUCGAGUCUGUAGCGAAGAUUGUGCAUGUUUGUAAUAAUUAGCUACUUCGUUAUAUAUCGGCAUGAUUAAAUAUGCGUCAAUGGAUUUGCAGUUUUGCAAAUUGGGUGAUGAUAACAUUUUAAAGAAGUUCAGAAUAUAAACACAAAAUUUAUUUAUUGAAGAAUUUCCAUUUAUGUUGCAUUGUAUGGCAGUUAAGAUGUUUGGAUAAUAAAAUUCAUAUUCAUUUUGAGCUAUUGUUGCUAAAUUCCUGUAAGUCGAUUUGUAAACAAACAAUGAAGUAUUUUAACUUAUACAUUUCCCAGUUAAAUUUCAGUUACUUUAAAAUCCCUUUUGGAUGAUUGUAGAAAAAAUCUUGAUGAGUGUAACAUUAUGUAUGAUAUGAUCUAAUUUGUCUGUAUGAAAUUUCACUGGGUCAAACAUAUUUUUACAACAUGUCUUUGGACUUAUUUUGAGUGGUUUUUUUGGGGGGGGCCAAAAAUGGGUAAGAUUUUCAAUUGAAAUUAUUUCAUAUUGAGGCCAAAUUCCCAAAAUUUGCAAUAUAUUAAUUAAGCAAUUUCCUCACAAUUCACUAAUUUUCCUCCUAUUGAGGCAGAGAAAUGACAGGCAUGAUCUAGAUCUGUUUAGUCUAAAUUUUGUUUACAUAAUCGGUGUAUGAUACAACUAUUGUCUUUGCUAUGUUAUACAGGAGAAGGAUUGAGGAAUGAUCUAGAACAGUACUAAACAGUAAUUUUGUAAGAAUUUUCUGGUGAGUCUACAUCACCGUUUGAAAAAUUUUGGCAAGUCCAGACAAAAGGGAUAUUGUGGGUUCCUCAAAUUUGAGCUAGUCUCACAGGCAUGAACUUGGAAUUCCAAAAAUAACUGAAUAAAUUUCUGUUUGUGAUAAGUGAAAAGAUAAAAGUUGAAUUUGAAACUUUAUCAAAGUUUUACUCUUUAAUUGGUGUAGCGUGCAUUUGGGGAACAUAUCAGUUGGUUUUGCUGUAGAUGAAAGUAUAACUUCAUCAACAGCCUGGCAUACAUGUUGGGGUUUGGCCAUGAAUAUCUUCCUUAUUUGUGACAGUUGUCACAAGAAGCAAUGAUCUAGUCACAAUCUGACUCACUAAAUAAUAUCUUGCUUCAAAUAUAGGUAAGGUACAUUUUAUAGAUGAAAUAUAACACUUUAUACAUAGAAACAUUUGUCUCCAAGUUUAAUACAAAUCUAGACCAUGACAGGGUAUGUGUUCAUAUUUGUGAUCCUUAUGAAUGGAAAAACCAGUAUUAUUGUUUUUUUCAUUUUAUAAAAUUGUUAUCAUUUCUGUUGGUUGUAAAUAUUUUUACCAAAUAAAAGUUGUUUGCAGAUGCUUUCAUUAUUAGGUUCAGUCUUUUAUAUUGUAUUUGAAGUUUAUUUUGAAGUGUGUUCAGUGAUUUGUUAAACAAAGAAAAAGUGUUUUAUGUGUUGGUGUGCUAUAUCAAUUUUUUUGUCUUCAUUUGAAUGUGUAAAGCAUAAAUACAGCCAAACGAAGUGCAGUAAUAUAGGUACCUAUAUAUAACUGAUUUUUCCCUCCUGAAAAUUGUUUAAUCCUACCUGGUUUUAAACAAACAUGGUUGAUUCCUGUUUAAAAACUCAUCAUAUACUUGUAAUUACGACAGUCAAUCUUUACAGUUUAUUUUGAUAUAUUUCUCAUUGCCAUCUUUCUGGAUUUCUUGUCUAUUUGAAAUCUGAAUCUGACCCAAGGAGGCAAGUCAGCAAAGAUCAGAAGCAGUUUUCAAGCUAUUUUUAUUAUUGUUUACCAACUUCGAGUGAAAGUAAAGAGUCAUACAUAGUGUUGUGUGUGAUACUUUUCAUGUUAAUUGUUAAGAAGUCAUUUAACUGAAAAUAAGAAAAGCUUGAAGUUGGGAACAGCUAUUAAUUUAACAUCUAUAGAUGGCUAGUUGGUUUGUGAUAUUGUUUGAGUCCAGAGGUUGAUCUGAAGUGUUUUCCAUUGACUGUCCCUCUCUUCUAUCUUAUACAUGUACCUGCGGUCAUGUCCUGUUACCAUUAUAUUCUGUCCAAGUAAGAUCAUAUAAGAUUAGAUCCUGUGCACAAUAAAUUUGAUUUCCACAUGGGUUAAUUUCAAUAUAUGUACUCAAGAUAGGUCCCCUGAUUGCUUUUUCUUAGCCAUUCCUUCAUGUAUGUCCCUCCAUAUAUUGCCUUGUUCUCUUACAAAUAAAGUGUUUUGCAGGACAAAUUAGUGUCAGUGUAACAAGGUGUUAUUGUUUAAUAACUGUAAAUAUAUCUUUUAUAUUAUAUCCAAGAUAUGAAAAAAAACAUGAAAGGCAGUGGAUAUUGUCCUGAAAAAUGUUUGUAGUCAGAAAAGUUUAAUCACUAGAAAUCUGAUGUAAAAAGAAAGUGCAGGACUUUAACCCACUGCCAGCCCCACCCCCAACAUACAAAAAAAUAGAUAAAUCUUGUGUCAUGUGAUAAAUGAUAUUUCAGGGUUUAAGAUUAGGAAGGUGAAAACUUUCUUUUGUAGAACUGAUUAUUCUGGUAUGGUAACAUUGUUUUAUAUUGUUACCAACACAUGCUGUUUAGAAGAAUUCUGUAAUUUUGUAAUUGUGCUUAGAUUCAUAACUACAACUCGGUUAGUGAAAAAUUCUCUUGGUUAGUGGAAACUCAUUUUAGUACAACUGGGUCAGUGAAAACCCCGUUUUGGUUGUGAAAAACUCAUUUUACUACAUCGUAAGAUAUACUACGAAACUUGUUUUUUCUCUUUGCACCUUGGAUAUUGGAAAACCUAAGGGCCAAAUUUUAUGUACACAUGCAUCAGCAGUACUACAAAUAUUGUCAUUUUAUCUGUAAAUAUUUAUACCAUCAUGUGAGUUCUGGAAUCAAUCAAAGAAGAUAUCAAAUUUGAUGGAUUAAAGGAGAUAACAAAUUGGAUUUGAUUAAAACCCAACCUCUGAAUUAAUUUCACAUAUUAGCAAAGUGUAUUUUUUUAAACUUUAUUAGUGUAUGAUGUUGUUUAUGGGUGUUUUUGACAACACAGGUUCUAUUUUCAGUAAAAUUUUGUUACUAAAAGAAAAAUACAAGUAUAGGGCACAAAUUGAAGGAGGGAGAGUAUGUUAAGUAGAAGUAUAUAAAUUAUAUGUGGCUACUGUUAAAUACAAUGUUUUAGAAUUUUUUUAAUAUCAAAUUUUGUCCUAGAACGAAUCAAUUUUUCAUUGGUACAUGAAAAUUGUUUUACAAAGAAAUUUUUGUUAUCAGACGUUAAAGAUUUCACUAAAUGUCAAAAAAAUAUCAAAAUCAGUGUUAAUAUAUCUGAACCAAUUGCAUUUGAAAGAAUAUGUGUUAUUGUAUUGUUACAAUUUAUUGCAAAUAAGUGUAUUUAAAAGAUGGAGAAGUACAAAUUUUACUUUUUGAAAUUCUAACUUUCUAUCUUUAUCACAAAAUUCAAAGCAUUUUUUUACAGAAAAGGCACCUGAAAUGAUAAUGAUGUACGUAGUAGAUUGUUCUUAACAUGUGAACAUAGACAAGAUAAUAUUUUGUACAGGACCAAACAUUUCUGUUAUUUCUAUGUGUAUGUUCAUAUUUUGCCUCUAUAGCAACAUAGGUGUUAUUGUUAUCAUGGUAUAAAGCUUUACUGUUAAGAAAUUCUUGUCAGAAUUUUUUUGUUUUGUCAUACUUAUAGACAUAUUGUAGAUUCUACUGUUGAUAUGACAAAGGUGACGUUUUGACAAUAUCAGAUACCCACUUGUUCCCUUUGGUUCAUUUUUACACGCAAUACUCCAUUACUCCCUUGCAGCAAUAUGGCAUGAGGGGAGAUAACUAUGUUAGGGAUACAAAACAAAGGGAGGUAAUUUCAGAAUGAUAUAAUGAUGUGCAUGUGGCAUUGUGAUUGAUUAAUGAGUGCAGAUAUUUGUCAAAUGUGCUGUGGUUUUCUUCUGGAAUGUGAAGAUAUUGUUUUUGAAAAGUAGUCUUAAUGCAUUGUUACAAAAAAUCCAGAUUGUUUUGGUAGACGUAGAUUUAAUUUGCUCUACUUUAUAAUGCUAUGUAUUAAACUUAUUUAUUAAAAUGCUCUAACUUUUCAUAAUGAA